AUGUCAGACUUUGCAUUUAAUAAUUAUUGUAUACAAUGCGAUCAAUUAUGUCCCACAAAUUCAGUAUAUUGUUCAGAAAAUUGUAAAAAUAAAGAAAUUCAAUCAUCAAUUCAAGAAUUGAAAAAACAAAGAGAUUUAUCAUAUUCAUCAAAUCCUUACAAUAAAUAUCAACACAAUCAUACUCAUAGUUCAGUAUCAUCAGAAUCUUCAACUUCAUCAAAUAGUUCAACUGAAUUAGUAUCACCUUUAUUAACUCCUGCUUUAUAUUUACAACAACAACAACAAUUAUUUAACAAUUCCCAAUUAUCAAUAUCAUCUCCCUUACUAUUAUCACAAUCUGAUGAAUUAACUGAAGAAUCUGAUUUAAAUUAUUUUGAUUUAAAUUAUUCAAUAAAUUCAAAUAUAAAUUAUACUACAACAAAUACAAAAACAUCAUCAAAUAAUAAUAAUAAUGAAGAAUUAAUUAAUUCUACUUCACAUAAUUAUAGAAAAUGGUUAACUGCUUUAUAA